CGGGUCCUCAUUCGACUCAUUCGACUCAUUCGACUCGCGUGAAUCCGUCCCGCACUUUGAACAAAUAUUUUGUUGCUAUCUGCUGUAUAUCUAUACCUUGACGGACGUCGAUGGCGCUCAGUUCACAACUGGACGAUCUUGGGAUAACAUUGCAGUACCGGCGUGGAGAAGCGCAGUAUCGUGGGAGAAUCCGUUCGAAGCUCGGAAGCAGCCUGUUUUGCACUAGUGGAAAGAAGUUGUAAACAGUGCGGGAGAAAGAAGUGGAAGGAAGCAAAGUUGUGUGUGCCUGACCGUGUUCAAGAACCCAGAGAAGAUAUCCUACACAAACCAUAUUUUGCCCCGAGAGCCCCGUCAGUAAAGCAGAGCGAAGCCAGUGGUGAGUGGAUUGUAAAGUUAUUCAAGUGAUAAUUGAAAUCGAGUCCGGCCGGGGUAGAGACUAGUGCCGCCGCCCUGUUGAGGAGACAGCGGAGGAGGGACAAGGUUUUGCGUUCGCAAAAUGAACGCUUCGAUGAUGCACUGAAAAUACGGCGAUCAGAAUCUACGAAUCAACGGCAUUCAUUAGACACGUAACGAUAAUUGGACAUUCAGUGCUGGAUCCGUUUAUCGAAGUUAUUUUGAACUUAGACGCUGCAUAAACAGGGUGUGUGUGUUAUUCAAGUGUGUAAAUCAAGAUUAACGCUAACAUGACACCGAAGAAUUUGCUUUUGGUUCUUUGUUUGGGUCUUUGUGUGCUGAGAUCUCAGUCUCAAGAUCCGAAUUUUAACCCACCAACACCAAGCAGUCCGACAACCCAGGCGGACCGGCAGUUCCGGGUUGUGUACGAGUGGAAUGUUCUGGACUAUGCAUUCGGAAGUGAGGACGAACGUGCUCGAGCCUUGUACCUUGGGGAGUACGUUCCUAGGAACGUGCUGAUAUCGGACUGUAAGCCGUACGCAAAUCGGCUGUACGUUUCGAUUCCUCGCAUGCUGAACGGUGUACCGGCAACUCUGGGAUACUUUGUUCGGCCGGAAAACAACGGACGGUCCGAUCCGGAGAUCGUUCCAUUCCCGUCCUGGGAAAUGAACCGUCGGGGAAACUGUUCGGCUUUGCAGUUCGUUCAAGGGAUUGCCAUCGACAAGUACGGCAUCAUGUGGGUAGUGGAUUCCGGACGAACCGAAACGCUACAGAGAGAUGGCAAUCAUGUGACGUGUCCUCCGAAAAUUCUACUUCUGGAUCUGAAACGUAACGGAACUGUCAUCAUGCGGUACGAAUUUCCGAGAGAUGUGGUCCCGGCAGGAGUCAACUAUCUGAAUAAACUGGUCAUCGAUGAUGCAUUCGGAGGCUUCGCGUACAUUACCGACAACAGCGGCGGAGAUCCGGGCAUUGUCGUCUACUCCCGGCAGCUUAACCGGUCCUGGAAAGUGCGUGAGAAUAACUCGAUGCGUGCGGCUCAAAACGCCAUUCGGUUCGCCGUCAACGACACUGAGUUGAACUUUUCGAUUCACAUUGACGGCAUUGCGCUGGGACCGUACUACAAUCCACACAUUCAGAAUGACAUCGAUCCGCAGAACGAUCCUUUGCUCGGAAACCAAAACUACGAGCGAAACGUUUACUACAGCCCACUGUCCAGCUAUCAUCUGUACUCUCUGCCGGCUUCACUGCUGCGGGAUCCGGAAUUCGUACUGAAAGCAACCCCGCGAGACAUUCUGGAAUCGGUUACCGACUAUGGCCGCAAGAGUUCCCAAACGGACGGAAUGAUUAUGGACAAUCAGGGUGAGCUAUAUUUCGGCUUGUUGGGAGAACACUCGAUCGCCCGGUGGGAUUCGUACAAACCGUUCACCGCCAAGAAUCAGGUUAUAGUCGCCCGUGACAAGACUCACAUUCAGUGGGUCGACGGAAUGGGAUUCGAUCACGAGGGCUACCUGUACGUGGUGGUCAACCGGUUACACAACUUUGUCGGUGGAAAACUUCGCACCGAUGAAGUUAACUUUAGAAUUCUUCGAUCGAAAACCGGAGCCCUGGGCUACGUCAGCACACCAGACAAUGUGUUCAAUAACGAUGUCCGAUACCGAUACGACGGCCAGGUCGACAACAGUUUGCUACACUACGGAGUGUCAUCGACGACGCCGAUCUCUAGCCGACUGGAAACGGCCGGCUUGUUCGGUAGCGGCAGAAAUGGGGCAUCGCAGAACCUCGCGGCAGGAAUAGUCUCGGUGGUGAUUUGGGCACUGGUGGCGAAGCUGAUCGCAGUCUAAAACUAUUCGUGCAGGCUUCAUUGCUGAUUUCAGUUACCGUUCAGUAUCUUAAUUAUCGUGUAAGAGGAAGUGCGUUGUAAAUAAUUUGAUGUUACGAAAUGUGAAUAGAUUUAACAAUUUACCAAACUGAAAGUUGCUAUUUCCCAGUUAUAAACUGCUAAGAAUAAAGAUUUUAAAAUGUA